GGUGAGCAGGCGCAGCUCACAAUUCUCUGGAUUUCAAGGGCGAAGUGAUUUUGGAAGUGAAUGCACAGUUGGCGAGGGAAUUGCUUUAGCCACAGAGACGAGUUGUUGUUGUAAUCAACGGAUUGGUGUCUCUUAUCUAUCAUUGAUGCAGGCACGUCUUGAUCACUGACUACCACGAGUCAGCUGAGUGACGGGGUCUUUUAGAAGAAUGCAGAGCAACCAGCAGCAAGAAGCAUUGAUAACACUUGAAUGCUGAACAUCCUAGGCUAGCAAGUCCAUUUCUUAUGGCCCAAACAAGCAGCAUAAGGAGCGUACCCUGCUUGCAAGGAACAAUGCUGGCCAGUCAACUAGGUAGCCGUUCUUCAGCGAUGCUGGGAAGAGGAAUGCUUGGAGUGAAAGGACACCUCUUGAAAUUGUUUCCUCUGGGACCAAGGGUGUCAAAUGCAAGGGUGGUUGUGGCCAGGAGAGGCCUCCCUUUAUUCAGGGUGGAUUGCAAGGAGAAUCCUGUGCAGCAUUGCUUUGUACCGCCCUUCCGAGAAAGGGCACUUGACAUUGACAGUCUUCGCUUGUCCAUUAUAACCCCUCAGCGUAGUGUAAGGAGCAAUGCUAGUUCCGUCCCUCCUCCAGCAGCCCUCAAGCACGCUGUCACGCACCACCCCUUGCUUUCAAAAGAUGAGCUUGAAUCAAGGGUCCGCCACUUUCGUUGGCAGUGCAAUUGUCAAACCGCCACAGCUGAACCUGCGCUCGCACCAGCCAGUGCUUCCCCGUACGGGAAUCUCAGAUUGCACAACACGAUGACUCGACAGAAGGAAGUUUUCAGGCCCAGGGUCGAAGGCCAAGUGGGGAUGUACGUCUGCGGCGUGACAGCGUAUGACUUCAGCCAUAUAGGGCACGCGAGGGUGUAUGUCUGGAGCGAUUGCUUGUUCAGGUACUUGCGCCACCUCGGUUACGAAGUGAAGUACGUCAGAAACUUCACCGAUGUGGAUGACAAGAUCAUAACGCGCGCGAAGCAGACUGGGGAGGACCCCAUCGCCCUGAGCGAGCGUUUCUGCGAGGAGUUCAAGGAGGACAUGAACGCGCUCCGCUGCUUGCCGCCUACUUCAGAACCGAAAGUCACUACGCACAUACCUCAAAUCAUCACAAUGAUACAGCAGAUCAUCAACAACGGUCACGCAUAUGCGGUUGCGGGAGAUGUGUAUUUCACGGUGGACAGCUUUCCCGAGUACGGCGCCCUCUCGGGACGCAAGCAGGAUGAGAACCGGGCCGGCGAGCGGGUUGCCGUGGACGAGCGGAAGAAGAACCCAGCAGAUUUUGCGCUCUGGAAGGCUGCAAAAGAGGGCGAGCCGUCGUGGGAGUCCCCGUGGGGCCGCGGGCGCCCCGGUUGGCAUAUCGAGUGCAGCGCGAUGUCCGCGGAACACCUCGGGGAGGCGUUCGACAUCCACGGGGGGGGCCAGGAUUUGGUGUUUCCGCACCACGAGAACGAGCUGGCGCAGAGCCGCGCGGCGUGCGCGCACGCGCACGUGGGCUACUGGGUGCACAACGGCUUCGUGACGGUGGACGAGGAGAAGAUGAGCAAGUCGCUGGGCAACUUCUUCACGAUCCGGGACGUUUUGAAAGAGUUCCACCCGUUGGCCCUCCGGUGGUUCCUCAUCGGCACGCAAUACCGCAGCCCAAUCAACUACUCACGGGCGCAACUCGACCAGGCGUCGGACCGGCUGUAUUAUCUUUGCCAGACCGUGCAAGACGCGCACGACCUUUUGACGGACAGUGCGGACACGGACGGGGGCGCAGCGUCCGCAGAAGCGAGCACCAGCGCGGCGGCCCUCCGGGGGGGUUUCGAAGACUCGAUGUCGGACGAUCUAAACACCCCCAAAGCGGUGGCGGCGCUGUCGGAGCCGCUCAAGCUCAUGAAUGACCUGAUGCACACCAAGAAGGGUCGAAAGGACAAGGCUAGAACAGCCAAUCUGCGGCUCUUGUCGAAGGAGGUGCAAAGCGCGGCAGGCAUUCUGGGCUUCGACUUGGAGGACGCGCGCAAAGUUUUGGACGAGUUGAAUGCCUACGCUCUAGCACGAGCGAGGAUGACAAUAGAAGACUUGCGAGCGCGUAUGGACGAGAGGGCGGUCGCUAGGGCAGCAAAGGAUUUUGCACGCUCCGAUAGCAUACGAGCGGAGCUCGCGCAAGUUGGGAUCUAUCUAAUGGACGGUGGAGAUGGUACGCUAUGGAAGCCCGCGCCGGUAGUAGAAAGCGAGUGAAGCUUGGACUGAUCGUGCACCACUCCAAUUUGCUGGUCCUCUACCAAGUCUUGAGCAAAGUCAGCAGUACAGUCUGUCCAAGGUCGCCAGUGUGCAUAUGCCCUCAAGUCGAGGGCAGAUUUGGUGCCGGUUGAUUUGCACUUUCAAUGAAGAUCCAUCGAAGGCUGCACAUACCAGAAGCAUCUGACUUCGAAGUUGGAUGCGAUCUCGAGUCUGGCGUGCUUAGAUUUCGAUAUUGGAUCAUUCUGCAAAGGCGAAUCCCAGACUCGAUUCGAAAGGAGCCCGGCCUACGAGACAAGCGAAGGCAUGGUUUGGUGGGCAACGUACUAAUCAAUUCUACAGCGCGGCAGUUGACCGGCCAGGGGAGGACGG